ACAGAUGUGAUGUACGAGCUACAUUAAGCUACAUUAUGUAAUGGGAAGCCAACAACUGAAAACAAAAGUAAACCCACCUGAAACGGAAGCUCUCAACCUCUCAAGUGCAACCAACGCCCAUUCAGUGCGGUGCAAAUUGUUUUCAUUUAAACGUGGUUACGUUUCUUCACAAUUUUCCCUUUUCUUUCUUAUGCAGCCUGGUGCCAUAAUAUCUCCCUCUCCGUUGAUUCGAAAACUAUUCAAGUGUUAAAUAAUCUUCCAAUGAAACCAAACAAACAAAAGCCUAUAAGUACAUGUUCCCAAUGAUCAUAAAUCGUCAAGUGAUUAAUGCUUGUAUUUCUGAUUGGUGACAGUGUAGAAAAAGUAGUAAAAUGUUGCGAUCGCACAGUCUGAUUGCUGCUAUACUGGUGAUCUAUGCCUACCUCAUCGAUCAUUAUUGCUGUCAAUCGGCUGGGAAGAUUCACGAUUUGAUUGCUCAUCAUCGUGGAAACGGUGUUAGAACAGUGAACGGUGGUGUCGAAACUCGACCGAUUUUGAAUGCGAAAGCACCAAUGCGAGUGACUCGGCAAACUGAUGAAGACGACGAUGAUAAAGACAGAUCGAUGCAAUAUCUCCAUUAUGCCGCGAGGAGUGAUGAUGACAAUCAAUAUCGUGAUCACGAUUAUGACAGUACCUCCGAUGAUGGUUUUGCGGUGGAGAAUCAACGACAGGCUGGUGUCACAGGGCCAGUGCAUACCUACAUCAAAACGGACAAAAAUGCUAACUUCAAAUGGGGAGUGAGACACUUUGCUGGAAAGCGGUACCGAGGAGAAAGGAGGUGGCCUUAGCUUUAGCAGGCCUACUCCAAGUGUCUCUCGAUGGCCAAUGGACUCAAACAACUCCGAUUUUUAUGUUGUUUCUUUUCAUUGAUGGCUAUAUACAAGUUUGUUAUACACAGCUAUUAUAAUUAAUGAUCGGUUUUAAGUAUACAUUAUAUGAACCUCAGUGAUGUUUUGUGCUUCCUAGUAAACCAUGAAGGCAUCGAGUCUGAUUUAAUUUAUUUAUUUCUAUGUGAGUUGCAUUUUCCUCUUCCUGAUCAUACAUAAUAGGUUGUAUAAUUUUGGAGAUUAAUUUUCGCACAAACGCAUUGUGAAUUCGGCCGUCCCUUAUUUUUUGAAAAUACGUUCGUCAUUGUAAAGAGCUCGUUUGAAUA